AUGACGUGCGUUGCAGGAGCAGUGCUCAUAUAUUUAUUGUGGCUGUACAGUAGCAACCCCUCCACUGACCGCGGCUUCUGUAAUAGUACCGACUGUGACGACUACGAGGCAUUGAUUGAUACGUUGCUGAACAGGAGCGUCGAUCCUUGCGAUGACUUCAGUGCCUUCGUAUGUUCGGCAUGGAAGUCUCUAAGCUCGCACAAUCACUGGUCACGUUCUUCCAGGGAGGACGUCGUGGAUGCCUGGUCUAAGAACUUUGAGGUGGUGCUAAGAAAAGGCAAAAAAUACCUCGAAGUGGGUGAAAAACCACUCACUAUGCUCAACCUCUGCCAGUACAGUUCGACUUACGAUGCGACAUCAAGCGUAGAGUUACUUCAACGCUUUAUGGAAGAGCGCAAGAUUCGCUGGCCUGGACAGCCCCAGCAAGAUGUUGAUCCAUUGGAGGUUCUCCUUGAUUUGGACAUCAACUGGGGCAUGGCAGUGUGGAUUCACGUCGAGUUUCUUCGAAAACAGGGCGCCAGUGGACAGCGCGCCUUGCGCGUCAGUUCAGCUGGGCGCAUUCGUGAGUGGCUGAGUCGUUGUCAGCAACUAGUGUCUGCCGGUAGCUUCUACGAGUAUUGGCGCAAGCACUACAUGCUCUUUGCAACAUCUGGAGCACCCACUCCAACACAUCAACAGGGAAAUAGAACUGCGCAAGUGCAAAUUGCUGUGCUGCAGCAAUUGCUUGAAGCCAGUAGAAACAACACGGCUAUACAGUUUCUUCUCAAAGAUUUGCAAAGCCGUACUCCCAGGAUUCCAUCUGAACGGUGGAUUGCCACGCUCAACGCAAAAAUGAAUGUCUACCCGGCUUUCACUGGCGACGAUCACAUUAUCGCUAGCCAGCCAGUUCUCCUCACUGCCCUAAACAAAAUAACAUCUGCCUUUCACCACGACGAUAUUAUGGAGAACAUCGCCUGGUCGUUUGUGCAGAUGAUUGCUCCGGUCGUGGAUGUGUCGAUCUUGUCGCUUUUCCCACGACAAAGUAAUCUGAGUCCGGACAAUGACGCAGAAGUUACUGCAGCACUGCUGUUCGCAUUCUGUUCAUGGGAAGUCGAAUCCGCGUACCGCCUUCUAGUGACAUCACUAAACACCAUAGCAAACUUUCCAUUGGAGGUGCGCCAAGAGAUCGACACGCGCCUCACAGAUAUCCGCAAUGCAGCAGUGGACAAGAUUGACGCCAUUGAGUGGCUGAUGCCGCAGUGGAAGAGGCGCGCGCAAGGCAAGCUGAAUGCGAGCAGAAUACUUCUUUGGCCUUCCGAAGAAUUACUCAGCAGUACUGCGCUAUCCUUUAUGUACAGAGGAUUUCCUACCAGUGAUCUAAAUAUUAUCAAACUUUGGUUGCGCGUGCGUAUGUCUGUCCACCAACUAGCUUUGGAAUACGAAGAGGUUGUGCACAUGCCUGCCAAUUUGGUACUGCCGCUCGUGGAUUACGAUUAUUUGCUCAACAGUGUUCACAUCUCGACGCAGACUUUGUCACCACCCGUGUACUACAAGCAGGGCACGCAUGCCAUGUUCUACGGAGGCUUAGGCUUCUUAUAUGCAAGCCAAUUGGUUCGCGUUCUAGACGCCGAGGGUUUGCGUAUUGACGCGGAAGGUGAUAUCGUCGACGAGCUCUGGCUUUCACCUCUCUGGCGCCACGCUGUUAUGGACGUCGCAGCGUGUCUAAGCGGAGGCGGCAGCUAUUUCCCGGAAAUUCCAGCUCUCGAGGUCACGUACAAGGCCCUGGAGACAGCGCUGUCCCGUGAAGGUGGCCAGCGGCUGCGCAUCGGGUUCUCCGAGCGGCAACUCUUUUUCAUCACCAUUUGUUUUCUCACAUGUUCUCAGCCCGGCACGGAGCCUCCAGCCGAUUGCAAUAAGGCGAUGAUGAACUUUCCACCGUUCGCCAACGCAUUCGGUUGCCGUAAUAGCUCCAAGAUGAAACCUGCUAGACAGUGUCCCUUCUUCAGCCAACAAAUUUAG